AUGAGACGCUUGGGGGUAGAGGAAGAAAAUCAUAACAAUUUUGAGGAUGAUGACGAUGAUGAAGAAAAAAGAGCUCGAGAAAAGAAAGAGCGCAAAGAGAAACGGAGAAAGGAAAAGGAAGCUAGAAAACUUGCGGAGAAGGAUUCCAAUCUAAAGAAAGAGGAAGAAAAAGACUGCAGGGAUGAAAAAGGCUCCAGGAAACGGAAGCGGGAAGAAGGAAGUCCAACAGAAGGCUCAGCCGGUAUGAAGGCGCGCAGAAACAGCGAUUUGAGUGCACUGAUGGAGAUCGUGAAUUCGUUGGUUCCGCCAAGUUUAGAAAGUCCAGAAAGAAGCACAAAUAAGAAGGCAAAAGUUAAAGAUGAGGCCACACCAAGCACUACACCAAGCACUACACCAAGCACUACACCAAGCACUACUCCAAGCAGUCAGGCAGUCACUCCCACAGCAGCUGCAAAUAGUGACGAGGGACAAUUUAUCGCAGAGCGUAAAGAAUGGGUAUGGGAUUUGAGCUCUGAUCUUCGCCUUCGUGUUGGGACA